CUUACCCUUUAGCCAUUGCUUGCAUUCUAGCAUCCAAUCAAACCGGCUCGCAUCACCUGUCCCACCCUGUUCCUUUCAGAGAAGUCAGAAAUUGGUGUUCUAUUUUUCUGAUAUCAUUGGCUAUCUAAACGACUGCAAAUAACAAAAUCUUGAAUACCCACAACCACAAAGCGACGAGUCCCUCCUAAGGAACAUGUCUUCUUCUGCAGAAUCGAAAAUGGUACUGGCCAAGACCGUUUUAUCCACAGUAGGCUCUGUUGCUGCAACAGCUAUGGUGGUUCGAACAGUAGUCAAUGAAUUCCUUCCUCCAGAAUUGCAUGAAUAUUUCUUCUUUGGCCUCAAAAACAUCUUCAGCAGAUUCUCAAAUCAGCUAACAAUGGUAAUAGAUGAAUUUGAUGGCUUGGUCAACAAUGACAUCUAUGAAGCAGCCGAAAUGUACUUGGGAAACAAGCUGUCACCCAACACCCGUCGAGUCAAAAUCAGCAAGCCUGAGAAGGAGAAACAUAUCAACAUAACCAUGGAACGCGAUGAGGAGGUGACAGAUGUUUAUAAUGGGCAGAAAUUCAAGUGGGUUUGGCUCUGUAGACGAGUAGAGUCUAGAGACUUUUAUAAUCCCAGAGACCUGAAUUCCACUCAAAGAUCUGAGGUGAGAACCUUUGAGCUCACGUUUCACAAGAAAAACAAGGACCUUGUUCUUAAUUCUUACUUGCCUUAUAUUAUACGAGAAGCAAAGCUGCAGAAACUUGAGAGCAGGGCAAUCAAGAUUCACACUGUGGAUCAUGAAAACAUGUAUGACUCGCAGUCGAUGAAUCUUGAUCAUCCGGCAACCUUUGAGACUCUAGCAAUGGACUCAGAACUGAAAGACAAAACUUUGAAAGAUUUAGACAGAUUUGUGAAGAGAAAAGAUUAUUAUAGGAAAGUGGGGAAGGCGUGGAAAAGAGGGUACUUGCUAUAUGGCCCUCCAGGGACUGGAAAAUCCAGUUUGAUCGCCGCCAUGGCUAAUUAUUUGAACUUUGAUAUAUAUGAUCUGGAGUUGACUGAGCUGAUGAGGAACUCUGAUUUAAGACGGUUGCUUGUGGCCACGGCUAACAAGUCCAUCUUGGUGGUGGAGGACAUUGACUGUACCAUUGAUUUGCAAAAUAAUUUGGCUAAUCGAGCAAAUGAUUCUCCUUCAAACAGUUCUAAUCAACAAGAAAGCAAGGUGACAUUAUCUGGUUUGUUGAAUUUUAUUGAUGGAUUAUGGUCGAGCUGUGGUGAUGAAAGAAUCAUAAUUUUCACUACAAAUCACAUCGAAAAGUUGGAUCCUGCAUUGUUAAGGCCUGGUAGAAUGGAUAUGCACAUUCAUAUGUCAUAUUGCACCCCCUGUGGCUUCAGGCUUCUUGCUACUAAUUACUUGGGCAUUAGAGAGCACAAAUUGUUCAAAAUAAUUGAGGAACUGAUAGAAACUGCGAUGGUGACACCGGCCGAAGUGGCGGAGCAACUAUUGAAGGAAGAUGAGAUUGAGAUUUCACUUAAUGGUUUAAUUAAUUUUCUUCACGUAAAGAUUAAAGAAAAGGAAGAUGCCAUGUUUAGGAAAGUAGAGGCAAAACAAAUUGAAACAAAUGAGAAGAAGGAAAGUGAUGAAAAAGAAACUGAAGAAAACUUGGAAGAAAAAAGAUUACCAAACCAGGAAAGUUAAAAGCCAAAAAGAGAGUUUGCUGAACCUAACAUGGCAUUGUUAUUAGGGAAUUUGUGUAUUCACCGAAAUUGCUCAAUUUCACCCAACCCUACACUUUUGCCAAAAAAAAUGCACUCUCAUAUUUGUUCAUUUCUCAAAACAAAAAAUCGACUAUACAUACACAUACAUGCACAUAUCUAGAUAAUUCAACAUAUUUUGUUGCUACCAGACACAAGCAAACACAUACACUCAAGUGGCUGGAUAGAGUUCAAUUUUGGAAAAUGACAUUGUAUAGCCGCUUCGAAAUUAAUAGUAAAAGAAUAUAUAUUUUUGUAUACA